UCCACGACUCACGUACCUCAAGUCGCGAGCAGGAAAAUUCACAUGCAGUCCACCACGGGAGAAGAUGUGUAAAUGUUGCUUUAAGACAUUUUUUGGAUAUAAACACGUCCGAAGUCUAAUCAGCCACAAACAGCAAAUCAGCAGACUUGACGGAGCAACGAACUUGUUGGAGGAAGGCAAUUUUACACUUUGUACGGGAUCAUCUUUGUUCUACUAGCAGCAUGGACCUCGGACUUCCAUUUAGUUCUGGCUGUGCAGAAACACACCAGGUUGACCUGAGCGUGAUGGUGAAAGAAGAAGAUAUAAAAGAGGAGGAGUAUGGUCAUAUGAUUUCAUGUCCAGAUGAAGAUGAAGAAGAAGAAAAGCCCUUUGCAGAGUUUGACUGUAAAGCUGAAACAGACGUCACAGAGUCACCAGAGUCUACGUACAAUGAAACGGUGAAGACUGAAGAGGAGGAGGAGGAAGAGGAGGAGGAGCAACAACAUGACUGGCUGCUGGAAAGUGUACCAGAAGACCCACAUGUAAUGCAACAGAAGAUCCAUGGACAGAAUGAUGAACUCAACCUGCAGCUCAAAGGAAGGCUUGAGAAACACCAACCUCACUCAGAAAAUGAGAAGCCUUGCAAAAAGCCACAUAAAUAUUCUCAUUGUGAAAAAGCAUUUACAACAUCCUCAAUAGUCAACCACAUGCUUACACACAAGGGAGAGAAGGCUCAUAAAUGUGUCCAGUGUGGAAAAGCAUUUAGAGCAUCCGAAGGUCUUAAAUGCCACAUGCUUACACAUACUGGAGAGAAGCCUCAUAAAUGUGUCCAGUGUGGAAAAGGCUUUUCACAAAUUUCAAAUCUUAAUAAGCAUAUGAUAAUACACACUGGAGAGAAGCCUCAUAAAUGUGUCCAGUGUGGAAAAGCUUUUUCACAAAUUUCAACUCUUAAAACCCACAUGCUAAUACACACUGGAGAGAAGCUUCAUAAAUGUCCCCGGUGUGGAAAAGCAUUUUCACAACGUUCAUAUAUUAAAUGCCACAUGCUAAUACACACUGGAGAAAUGCCUCAUAAAUGUGUCCAGUGUGGAAAAGAUUUUUCAUUAAUGUCUAGUCUUAAACGUCAUAUGUUAGUACACACUGGAGAGAAGCCACAUGUAUGUACCCACUGUGGAAAGGGUUUUUCACAAAUGUCUAGUCUUAAACGUCAUAUGGUAGUACACACUGGAUAGAGGCAUCAUAAAUGUACCCAGUGUGGAAAUUCAUUGAGAUCUUCCAAAGAUCUUCAUAACCACAUGCUUACACAUACUGGAGAGAAGCCUCAUAAAUGUAACCAGUGUGGAAAAGCAUUUAGACACCUCAUAACUCUUCAACAGGCACGGCUGAAGUGCCCUUGAGCAAGGCACCUAACCCCUCACUGCUUCCCGAGCGCUGCUGUUGUUGCAGGCAGCUCACUGCGCCGGGAUUAGUGUGUGCUUCACUUCACUUCACUGUGUGCUGAGUGUUUCACUAAUUCACGGAUUGGGAUAAAUGCAGAGACCAAAUAUCCCUCACGGGAUCAAAAUAAUUUUUUAUACUUAUACUAUACAACAUUUGCUAAUACAUACAGGAGAGAAGCCCCAUAAAUGAACACACUGUUAUUCGGCAAUCAGACAACCAAACCAUCACACACUCCAAUGUGGACAGCAUUCAAGUAGCUUAUUCAGUUUCAGUUUAUUCAGUUUUAUCAAAGUUCCAAAGUUAAAAAUCUACAUGUCAAAUGGAGUCAAGUGAGUUGCAAUCAGUAAGCUGAGGGUAUAAAGCUCGCCCAAGACAAAAUAUAUAUUGUUGUAUACUCACGGGCGUCAGUUUGGUUUGAAAUGUGCUGGGGACAGAGAUGCAUUCGGAAGUGCAUUUUCAGAAAUGCAAUAACAUUUGUUUUCUCUUUUGCACAGAUCAUGUUUUUGAAAAACACUGUCCUGUAGCUUUACUAAAAUAAAUGAAUAAAAAUAUUUACACAAA